UAGCGCAUCAACUUCCGUGUGUGCCGCUUCCGUGUCAGACGAAGCUUCGGGCGCCGGACGGUCCAUCGCUGCCUGGAACCGACUCUCGCCACGAUGCGGCCGAUUCCCGAGGAGCUGACGACGCUCAUUUCAGAUCUAGAGAGUUUCCUCUGCGAUGGAUUAAAAGGGGAAAAUCUAAGCAAGAAGGCAAAAGAGAAGAGAGAAGCCUUCAUCAAGCGGAUUAAAGAGGUCAAACUGGGUUUCCCACAAGAUUUCAAGGAGAAAGGUGGAGAUGACUCAGACGAUGAGGAGGAAGUUGACAGCAACAACGACGGAGGGUCGCUGCAGUCUGAGCGCACAGACAAAGACGAAGAGGCUUGUGAAGGUGCCCAGCAGUCCCCACCCGUGGCAGCUCAGGACCUGACGUCUGUCUUUAAAGCGGGAUACCUUGAGAAGCGCAGAAAAGAUCACAGCUUUUUUGGCACAGAGUGGCAGAAGAGAUGGUGCGCUUUAAGCCAUCACACCUUCUACUAUUAUGGCAGUGAGAAAGACAAGCAGCAGAAGGGGGAGUUCAGUAUCGACGGGUACACUGUCAAAAUGAACAGCACCUUACGGAAAGACUCAAAGAAAGACUGCUGCUUUGAAAUUUCGGCUCCAGACAAGCGAGUCUAUCAGUUUUGUGCGUCAUCAGUAAAAGAGGCGGAGGAAUGGACCAAACAGAUAGACUUUGUUUUGAGAGAUAUGACCGGCAUCAUCCCAGAAGAUGAAGAGGAGGAACAGGAAGUGUAUGAUGAUGUUGGCCAGAUGGAUGAUGACAUCUAUGAAGAGCUCCCAGAGGAUGACAUGCCCGCUCCACCAGCAAAGCCUCCUCCAAAGGUGGAGCCAGCAAGCAAACCCGCUCCUCCUGCUGCAGUUGAUAAAAGCACAGACUACCCAAACUACUACCAGGGCUUAUGGAACUGUACAGGGAACUUCCCAGAUGAGUUGUCCUUCAAACGGGGAGAUGCCAUUUACAUCCUGAGCAAGGAGUACGAGAGCUUUGGCUGGUGGGUCGGAGAGAAGAAUGGUAAUAUAGGAAUCGUCCCCAAAGACUUCCUGAUGGAGCUUUACGCUCUAUAAAUACACCCCACCUAAGCUGUUCAGACCACAUGACUGCAAUGAACACAUGUUCUGUCUUACACCUUUGCUCGGUACAAAACUAAAGGAUCAGAAUAUGUCACCGCAAGUAAUCCACUCUUUUUUAAAUGAUGCAUGUGUCAUUUUCAGGAUCAUUCCCUCCCACUGUCAGAGUCUGGGGUUGGAUGAAAAGAUUUUCACAAGACUGAAAUGCAUGUUUAAGAGUGUUUUUCUACAGUAUCUGCACUUUGCACUGCUUGUUUGUAUUUAUUUCCUAACCAACAUACAGUUUUUCCACAACGACACUUCGUGCUCUGCUUUUGGCAAAUUUGGUAUUUGCAAAUGGAAAAAUUAAUAAAGAUUUAAACUUGUUGGA